AUGCUGCUCCUCCGCUUCCUGCGGGCCCCACUUAGCCCGUUAUCGUCGUCGAAGUCUUUCCCGGGCUUCGGUUUCUUCUUCUUGAGCGUCGUCUGGUUGAAUAGGGAGUUGAGGAAGCUCGCGAGGCGGCCGCCGGGCGAGCUCGGUUGCUUGUGGGCCUUAUUCUUAUUAUUGCCUUCGGAUUUUGGGUGCUUUGUUUGGCCGUUAUUCGGGCCGUGGGGGAAGUCGAGAGGCCCGGCCCGCAUGAUCAUGGGCAUGUCGAGGCUCAUCCGAGAAGGGGCCGUGUGUUCGUGGCCGAUCGAGAAGUAUCGGGCGGCCUCGAAAACGUCGAGCUCGCCGGAGCUGUUUCUCCGACAGAGAAUUGUCACGUAA